CUCAUCUCUUCCUUUUUCGUAUUGUUAAUAGCCUUCUCCAAAGUGCUUGGGGAAACUCAGAAUGGCUGCGAAGAAUUGAAGUGCGGGGAUCAAGGCCCGCCUGUCCGUUUCCCUUUCAUCCUCAAAGAUAGACAUCCAGAUCACUGUGGCUAUCCUGGGUUUGUUGUGUCAUGCAAUGAGAAACAAGAGACGGUUCUCGAGCUUCCAAUUCCGGCCAAAUUCUCUGUCAAAAUCAUUGAUUAUAAGUAUCAGGAAGUCCAUCUAUACGACUCAGAUAAUUGCUUGCUGGUAAAAGUUUCAGAAAUCCUCAACACUUCAAUCUCUCCUUUCCACUUCUCAGAAGAGUUUCAGGACAACCUUGCCUUAUUCAAAUGUUCUUUAGAUCUUGAAAGACGACAGUACGUUCACGUUUUAAAUGGCACCUGCCUUACCAGCCCCGGCCAUCACGUUUAUGCCAUUGAUCCCGACUACGAAAUUGAUAACCUGCAGUCUUGUACAAAGAUACGUAAUGUUUUAUCAGUUCCAUCUUCGGGUGUUCUGAAAUGGUCUAAACCACACUGCACAGAAUGUGAAGCGGGGGGAAAGAGGUGUAUACUGAAGAACAACGGGAACAAAAGCGAAAUUGAAUGUGUUAACCUGACAAAAGCAAGUAAUAUUCUGCUUGACAUAUAUUCUGUUCAAAAGCAAAAGCAUUUUUAA